AUGCCUCCCAUAUACCCAAAGCACGCAAUUGGCUGCAAGGUCGUUCAGAACAAAUCGUCCUUCAGAAGGCAAUACCUACACUUGGAACGCAUUGACCCUCGCCCACUCACUAUUCACGACUUCCUUCACCCUCUGAGUCUAUCGCGGAAAGACGGCGUGGCGCUCCCAGGCCUUGCCUAUGCCGUAACAUUCAUGUUCGGCAAUACACUUAUCGUCGUGGAGCUACCGGCGCUCUUCGGUGAAAAGUUUGGCUUCAACUCGGAACAACUCGGACUUUAA